AUGAUUAAAAAGCAAACUGAUACUACUACCACCAAAAUACCGGCCAAAAAAAAAGAAACUACUCCUAACUCAUACAAUGAUACUAUCAAGCAAAACAAUUUAAGUGAAAUUAAACCAGUCUCUAUUUUAACAAACGGAAAUGCAAUGAGAAAAAAGAGUGGUGUCAAUAUAGUUGAUCUGAGUGGCGGCAUUUCAAAAGAUAACAACAAUAACUUAAACACUAACGUUAGGUCCGUUUCUUCAAACAGUGUGACAAGUAAUUCAAGUACUUCUUCCACCUCCAGCAUAUAUCAUUUUAAUAAUAACAAUAUUAAAAAUAGUGGAAAUAAUAAGAACAUAGUCAAUAAUAUAUCACAUCCAUGUUUAAAAGUUAGAACAGCAUCCAAUGAUAACAACACGAAGGCUUCUCUCCCCAAUGGCAUCACGCCCACCAACAUACUCACAGUGACCCCUGCGGAAUUUAUUUCAGCCACUAGCACAUCGUCUUCUGAACUAAAGACUCCCUUAACUGCCGUUCAAUUUAGUUUAGACGAAAAUAGUGUAAAAAAAUUAACUCAUCAUAGAGGCUCUAUUUCCACCAUACCUAUGGCAGGAUCAAGUGCAAAUAGUUCCUUUUCUAUUACCAGUAAUACACCUAAUUCUGUCACUUCAUUAUCAUCCGCUAAUCGUAGUCCAUCCUCUCACAAUUUGUCUAAGCUGUUUUCGACGAAGCAACAAGAUAUUGCAAUGAGUGAUAGCACUGCCGCUGGAAAUACCUCAACGUACAGCGAUAUUGGUUAUAAUAACACAAGGAAGAGCACCAAUGGAGCUUUAUUUGUAUUAUCUAAAACACCUUCCCCUAAAGGAACCAAAAACAACAAUGCCAGCUUGUCGAAAACUCUUUUACCUGCAAGCCCACAAAUUUCUAUAGAUGAUUCUAAAGAUAACAAUGAUACUAAUAGAAAGAAUUCUAUGUUUCAGAUGCCAGGCGAUUUUACCGUACCUAGCAAGGACAACACUAAUAAAAAAGAAGGGGGGAAAAUAGUUUCACAUUCACAAGAACUGAAGCAGAAACCCAGCGGCAAUAAUACCAAUAGUAGUGCCUCAAAAACAAUCAUUGGUGAUCCAAACACGCCUCAUUUACCGUUUACUGAUUUCUUUCAGAAAAAAGUGGAUGAUGCGAAGAUACAUAUUUUAAUAGGUGCAACAGGCUCGGUAGCCACCAUUAAAAUUCCACUGAUUAUUAACAAAUUUUUUAAGAAAUAUACCCCGGAAAAAGUAUCGAUUCAAUUAAUUUUGACAAAAUCUGCAGAAAGGUUUUUAAAGGGGGCUAAGAUUAGUAGCAACGUGAAAAUAUGGACAGAUGAAGAUGAAUGGUUUGGUUUUAAAAAAAUUGGAGACCCUAUUUUUCAUACAGAACUAAGAAAAUGGGCGGAUAUUUUUCUUAUUGUUCCAUUAAGUGCAAACACUUUGGCCAAGAUUUCUAAUGGUAUUUGCGACAAUUUAUUAACUUGUAUAGUCAGAGAAUGGAAUAGCAAUGUUCCAAUAUAUGUGGCGCCGGCCAUGAAUACCUUUAUGUAUAUUAAUCCAAUGACUAAAAAACAUCUAAAAUUAUUACAGGAAGAUUUCCCACAUGUGGAGGUGUUGAAGCCGGUAGAGAAGGUGCUAGUUUGUGGUGACAUAGGUAUGGGUGGGAUGAGAGAAUGGACUGAUAUUGUUGAAAUUGUAGUUCGAAGAUUAAAACUCAUAAGAGGCACUGAGAUAGGUACACCUAACAAUAAUUUUAUUACAGAAAAUAAUAAUAAUGGUGACCAUGGCCUAACUAAACGUACUGAUAGUAUAUCCAGUCUGAACUUAAUUAAUAAUAUGAAUAGAAAUACCGAAUUAGUGGCGGAAGGGGAAAGAAAAGAUAGUGUUACCAGCAAUAGUAGUUAUAAUGAUAAAAAUAAUAUUAAUGGAAAAAGUACGGAAUGUCAGAAACUGAAUGCUGGAAAUAAAAUACAAACUGGCCAAAUGCAAGAUGAUAAGAAUAUUAGAAUUGGAAAAGAGGAAGAAGAUGGAAAUGAAUUAAGAAAGAAAGUACUGCUUCAAAACAAAAGUAGUUUAGAAGAAAGCAGGGAUGAAGAGGCAGAAAAUAAUGACGAUUCAGAAGAAGAAGAAGAAGGAGAUGAUGAUUCAGAAGAGGAUGAUGAUUCAGAGGAUGAUGAUUCAGAAGAUGACGAUUCAGAAGAUGAUGAUUCGGAAGAUGAAAAUGAUGACGAUUCCGAUGAUGACCCAGUUGUUAUUAUAGAUAAUUAA